GGGCCCCUUUGCUCUCACUUCAGUACUGAGCGCCACAAUCUUUAGUCCUCCUCUUGAACGCAGAGCAAUGGCAAGAAAAGUUGAAGCAUCUCCCUCUCUCCUACUUUUCUCUCUUCCACUGCUCCUGCUUGCAGGGGAAACAGUACAGUUGGUGCAAGGACAGACAACUUGGUGCGUUGCAAAGCCUUCAUCCGAUGAUGCCACUCUGCUAGCAAACAUCAAUUAUGCGUGCUCUCAGGUGGACUGCAGUAUACUGCAAAGAGGCUGCCCAUGCUUCUACCCAGAUAACCUCAUGUCCCAUGCUUCCAUAGCCAUGAACCUGUACUACCAAUGCAGGGGCAGGAACAACUGGAAUUGUCACUUUAAGAAUUCAGGGCUUGUCACAACGACUGAUCCAAGUUUUGGUAGCUGUGCUUAUGACUAACGCAAAACCAAGAUGACAGCAGCCCCCUUAAACCAGUACAUUCCAGCAGCAGUGUCAUUCAUUUGUAUCGAUUGUUUCUAAUGAUCGAAGAAGAAGUUGUUGCUGUCUUGCUAUCAGAGAAAUAUAUAAUCGGAUCAAUGAAUAUUGCACAUUGUGAUCA